UGACAGGUGUCCGACAUGCUGUUUCAGAGGCUCUCGGCAGUCUGGGAGGCCGUUCCUCUGCCGGCAUUGCUGUCCUUCCUGUUGCUGCUUCUGAUCAUUGUUGACUACAGGAAAAGGAGACGGCCAAAGGGUUUUCCUCCUGGGCCUCGGUCUCUUCCUUUCCUGGGCCACAUGCUCUACAUGAAUUCCAAGGAGCCUCACAUCGCUAUGCAAAAGCUUGCGGAAAAAUAUGGCAAAAUCUUCGGCAUGCAGUUUGGAGACAUGUGGUUUGUGGUUGUCAACGGUCUGCCUCUGGUGAAGGAAGCUCUCGUUCAUCAAGGGGAAAACUUUGCGGAUCGUCCAGUGUUUCCGAUGAACACUGAGAUUUUCGGGACAUUCGGACUGAUCAAUUCCAACGGGUACAGCUGGAAACAACAGAGACGGUUCGCUUUAUCGACUCUGAGAAAUUUCGGCCUGGGGAAGAGAAGUUUGGAGGAACGAAUACAAGCAGAGACGAGAUACCUCACGGAGGCCAUUGAAGAGGAAAAGGGCCAACCGUUUGACCCUCAUUUUCAGAUAAAUAACGCUGUUUCGAAUAUCAUCUGCUCCAUCACUUUUGGGGAUCGCUACGAUUACCAUGACAGCCGGUUCCAGAAGCUGUUGCGUUUGUUCGAUGAGGCCAUCUACCUUAUGGGAAGCAUCUGGAGUCAGCUGUACAGUACCUUCCCAGCCGUAAUGAAGUACGUGCCUGGACCUCAUCAGACAGUUUUUAAAAACUGGGGACAAAUUAAAUCCUUUGUCAAAGAAAAAAUCGAAGAGCACAAAGCCGGCUGGAGCCCGUCCGAAACAAGGGACUUCAUUGACGCUUAUCUGAAUGAAAUGGCCAAGGAGGAGACCCCUGUCAGUUUCCAUGAAGAAAAUCUGCUCCAGUCAACAGUGGAUCUGUUUUUCGCCGGGACAGAAACAACGUCCACAACUUUACGCUGGGGUUUGCUUUACAUGGCCAUUUAUCCAGAAGUUCAAGCAAAAGUGCAAGGUGAAAUCGACUCUGUGAUCGGCCAGACCCGCCAGCCCGCUAUGGACGACCGGGAACACAUGCCCUAUACCAAUGCGGUUGUUCACGAAAUUCAGAGAAAAGGCAACAUUAUUCCUUUGAAUGCACCACGGAUGACGACUCGUGACACCACACUGGCUGGAUUUCAUUUGCCAAAAGGAACUAUUUUCAUCCCCUCCUUGACAUCGGUGCUGUUCGAUAAGGAGGAGUGGGAAACUCCCGAUGCCUUUAAUCCUGGACAUUUCUUGGAAAAUGGUCAGUUCAAGAAGAGAGAAGCCUUCCUGCCCUUCUCUGCAGGAAAGCGCGUCUGUCUUGGAGAGCAGCUGGCCAGGACGGAGCUCUUCCUUUUCUUCACGGCCCUCCUCCAGAAGUUCACUUUCCGGGCUCCGAAGGGCGUGACCUUAAGCCUCGACUUCAAAGCGGGAAUGACUCUGUCCCCCCACCCUUACCGCAUCUGCGCACUCCCUCGUUGACAGAAGCAAUUUCUGGUACGGCUCUCCAUAGAAUUGAUUUUUACUGACAGUGUUCCCUGAAAUUAAGGUGGGUCGCCGUGCUGACCUGAAACGACAGGAAAAAACAACAACCACCAUGAGUCCAGCGGGCACCUUUAAGACCGAAAAAGUCUAAUUCUGGGUAUAAGUGUUUUUGUGCACGCGUACUUCUUCUGACACAUCGAAGCAGACUUCUUCAAGCAUUACACAUAGCUAGCAGGCCCAUAGCUUCAGUGGGGCAUCUCGGGGUCGGCCCCCCCGACUUACAGCCCGGGCCUCACGAUUUCCCAUCCAGCCGGUUUGUUUUAUUUCAUUUUUCACAUGCACCACAGCUGCGCUGCCCUGAGCCAUCGCCCUGCCCUACUUGCCCAAGGCGCCCUUGCCUCUCUCUC